AUGUAUCACCUUGCUAAAGGCCUAUACUUAUAUGCGACAAGCAAAGAAGAAUAUUCAGUCCUCCUUCUCGGCCUCGACAAUGCCGGCAAAACUACCUUUCACGAGCAGGUCAAAUCCCUCUUCCUACCUAAUAAUCCUGCGCCCAAACUCAGGACCGUGCCUACGGUAGGCCAGAAUGUCUCUACGAUUACGCUUCCGGACAUGUAUCUCAAGAUGUGGGAUGUAGGGGGCCAACACAGUCUGCGCAAGCUCUGGCAAAGCUACUACACCUCCUGCCACGCGAUUGUUUUUGUCAUCGAUAGCACGGAUAUUGGAGAUGGGAACCUGGAGCAUGAUAAUUCUGGCAGGUUGGAGGAAUGCAGGUUGGUGCUUGAAGAUGUGCUACAGCAUUCCGAGACGGAGGGCGUGCCUCUGUUGGUUCUGGCCAAUAAGCAAGAUAGGGAGGAUUGUGUUGAGGUGGUGAGAAUUAAGGAAGGGCUAGUGAAAAAGGUAUUCGAAGGAGAGAAGGGCGCCUCGAUCAGAGACUCCAGGGUUCUGCCUGUUAGUGCGCUGACUGGGACGGGGGUGAAGGAAGCAGUGGAAUGGGUUAGGACCAGAGUGAAGUGGAAUAAGGAAGGGAGACCGCCGGUUAUGAGGUGA